CUGUUCUGCUCCAGAAGUACUGUACUGGUCCUGUGGUGGUAGAAGAGGUCUAGUUUUGGUUGGUGGUACGGUUCCUCCCUUGAUCCUGAGAAGAAAGGGGAUGGAUACCUUUCUGAGCUCAUUUGGACUGAUGCUCAUGUGUGGUCUGUGCACAGCUCAGAAACUCUCUCCAAUGGGGAAGAAUGUCUGCCUCAAUACCAGGAAUUCUCCCACAUGUUGUUCUGGAUGGGGCCAGCAUGGUGAUGAAUGCACUGUUCCGCUCUGUGAGGGGGACAGAGCCUGUCUGCAGGAUGAAGUGUGUGUUUAUCCUGGACUUUGUCGAUGCAAAGCUGGAUUUUAUGGUUACCAGUGCAAAACUCGUUGCCCUCCUGAAUUUUGGGGGCCUGAUUGCCUUGAGCUCUGCCCCUGCCACCCUGGUGGUGUUUGUGACUCAGCCACAGGCGAGUGCUCAUGUCUGCAUAGCCACUGGGGCAACCUUUGCCAAAACAGCUGCAAAUGUGGACGUCAUGGGAAAUGUGACCCGGUCUAUGGCAACUGCACUUGUGAGGAGGGAUGGUGGACAUCCACAUGUUCCAAGGCCUGUCAGUGCUAUCCUGGCACAUCUACCUGUGACCAAGCCACCAGACGCUGCUUUUGUAAUGAAGGUUUCUGGGGCCAAAAGUGCAGCUUACGUUGCAACUGCUAUUUGUCCCCUUGCCAGCAGCACACAGGGGCCUGUCAGUGCCUGCAUGGCUGGUGGGGUCCAUCCUGCGAUCGCCGUUGCAACUGUAAUUUGAGCCAUGCCGAAUGUGACCCGUUAACUGGAGUCUGUUUGUGCCACCCGGGUUACAAUUUGCCUUUAUGCCAGGAGCCCUGCAGCAGUGGAAAUUACGGGAGUGGCUGUAAGAAGAGAUGUGGACACUGUGAGGGUGGCAGACCUUGCUCUAUACAGGACGGCCUGUGUGAUGCCUGUGCACCAGGGUGGAAUGGCACUCACUGUGACCAGAGCUGUCAAGAAGGUUUUUAUGGUCAUCAUUGCCAGGAGGUCUGCCCACAUUGCAGAAACAAGGACCCGUGUGACCUGGAAACUGGAGCAUGCUUACAUUGUGAUCCUGGCUGGACAGGACCAAGAUGCGACAAACCCUGUACAGAUGGCACUUAUGGAGAUGGCUGUCGCUUCCUGUGUAAAACCUGCUAUCACGGCCACUGUGAUCAUGUGACAGGAAGUUGUAUUUGUCUCCCUGGCUUCCAGGGUGAGAGCUGUAACAGAACAUGUCCCGUUCAGUUGUAUGGUGUUAACUGCUCUUCUGUUUGUGACUGUGGGAAUCACGCCUGCCAUCCCACCACAGGGGCUUGCCCAAACAGUAGCAGGACAGGUCUGUUAGUAGGGCUUUUGAUUCCCCUGUUGAUUUUAAUACUUCCCCUGUUGUUCUGCUGCUGCUGUUGCGCAGGUCCAGUUGAAGGAAAGGAAGGAGUGGCGGUUGUGGAUGGAAACCCUGUAGACCGCAUGAAGCAUCAUGUUUAUACUGUGCUGUCCAACAUGGGUUCAGCCAUGCCAUGUAUUACCCUUUGGUCAUCUGGUCUGCCCAGAGUUACAGUCUCUCAUCAUGAUCCUGAGCUCACAUUGAACCACAGCUUCAUUGAACAGCCUUCCUCUGGCUGGGUGACUGAUUCAUUUGAAACAGAUGAUGAAGGAGAAGCAAUCUAUUGUGAGCCUCCUAGGGAAGAUAUCCUAACUGUGGCUGGUGGAGAGCUCCAAGAGCUGAACUCUAAGUGCAACUUCUUCGUUGACCCAACAAAUUUCAGCAGUGAGGACAUGUCACAAGCUUUUGGUAUCCCCCGUACCUCCAGCAUUGCCAAAUCCAAGCGCCCUUCUGUCUCCUUUGCCGAGGGCACAAAGUUUAGCCCUAAAGAACACAGAUGCUCAAUCCAAGAUCUGACUGGCUCUGCUCAAAAACCCAAAGCCUGGGGUGUGCUGAUGCUCUCUGCCUUGCAAGGAGGACAGGGGAACCAUAGCGAGAUAGAAUCAAAAAAUGAAGAGAAGAACGAAGUGGAGAAUGCACAGCUACAGAGCUCCUCUGAUGGGGACCAAGAGACAGAUUCAGAUGCAAAAGAACUGACAACUGUAUAUGUGACUGUGGGUAAGACCCCAAACAUGGUUAAACAAGUGUCCAGCUCAGAGGGACCUGUGAAGGCAGUGCUGCGGAGGCUGGGCAGCCUCCAGAGACAGGAGGCCACCCAGCCCAAUGGCAGGGGGCAGGUGAUUGUCAAGCCCCCAAGGAGGAAAUUAGGAGCACUGGCCAGUGUGUGGGAGCAAGCUACUGGGUCAGGCCAUGCAGAAGUGGUCAUGAGGACACCUAAUCGCAGAAAACACAGCUCUAUCAGCUCUCCCUGUACAGUGGGGCCAACAGACUUUUCCCAGGAGAACAGAACUCUCAAAAGGUCCCUGUCUUCCAUUUUAAUAAGCGUUCCAGAGAGCGAAGUGCACAGAUCAUUGGUGGAACAAGACUCAGAAACUAUAAGUCAGACAGGUUGUCCAACAGAGCAUGCAUAUGAGACAGUGGCUCCAUUAGAAGGGAUCUCUACCUCCUCAGAGAUUAUCAUCAAUGAGACAGUAGUGGAACAAGUGGAAAAUGAAUCAAAUUACGAGAAUGUACAUAAACAUCUUUAACAUAAACAUUCAUAAUCCCUGAAUCUCAGAGUUAAGAAUUAAAGAGAGAUCUACAGUGGGAACCAAAAGUCAGAAAUCUGGAAUUCAAAAUGUUAUGGGAUAUAGCCAACUCCCGUAUUGCAGAUAUACUGUCUGAAGCAGACCUGUUAAAUGACUCAUAGUAUCCAAUAUCAGACAUAAACCUAAUCAAAUUCUCAAAGAAUGUAUGGUUAGCACACUUGUGCUUUCAUCUUUACAUUGUCAGAUCAACCACCCACACGAAGGACAGAAUGAGCCAGUGAUGGCUCCAGGACAUCCAAUCUAUAAAAUCCAAUUUACUGGUGCACAAAUUUCGUGGACUGAAACGCCCCUAAACAGCACCUGCAGCCAUGCCACAUUGAAAAUCUGUCAUUCAAAAUGUUAGGAUCUUUUAACAUUUUAAACAAUGUAAUGGCUCAAAUUGUACAAAAAUUCUAGGUCGCUAAUCAAAUAAGAAAAUUUGUGACAUUGACUGUUAAUGUCUUUCUUACGAAAGGUCAGAUUUCCUUGCUUCCAUUGAAGCACACAGGAAUCAUGACACAAAAUGGUUCAUCAGGUUUUGCACAAAAUUGUUGAGUCCAUGUCAGCUCUAGUGCUUGAUGUCAUUAAAGCCGAAAGAGGACAUUCCAAAUAAUAAAAAAUUCUCAAAUUCGUGUCAAUUUUUGUAUUCAACUUUUCACCCAAAUUGUUAAGCGGAUAUUUGUAUCAAAAUAGUAUAUGCAAAAUAGAAGCAUUUUCACUAGUGGUCUCAGAUUUUUCAACCAUACUUAAUUUCUCUUUUAGGUUGUACUGAGGCUUAGAUUUGCAACUGCAU